AUGUUAUCUUAUUCUUGUGUCCUUAUUUUAAAAAGCAUCGAAAUGGGGACCAGGCAAUUGCUGUUGAUGGCGGCGCUUGCGGUGUCGACCGCAUACGGGUACAAAAUACUAUGCGUGACUCCAGUACCCUCCCGCAGCCACACGCACCUGGCGAAGGGCAUCGUCGACGCACUCCUGGACGCUGGUCAUCAGGUAACUUGGAUCACGCCGUUCCCCGUGAAGUCUACGGACAAGAACUUGAAACAGAUCGACACGAGUGAGACUCGGGCCAUUGCCGAAGCGCUGAACGUGAUGAACAACCCCCAAAUGGGCAUGUCGUUGGUGCGUCAAUUCGGCGCAAACAUCUCGCUGACAGCGGCGGCCUCUGCGGCCGUGAGGGAGGUCGUGGUCAAGGAGCAGUUCGACGCCGUUGUCUCCGAGUGGUUCUUCUCCGACAUGGAGGCCGGGUACGCUGCGGUGCAGCAAGUUCCCUGGAUUCUACUGAAUGGGGUCGUGAUGCAUCCGUACAUGGAGUACCUGGUGGACACUGUGCGCUCGCUGCCCGUGGUACCCUUCAUGAUGCUCGACUUCCCUGUGCCGAUGAGCCUGUGGCAGCGGUUGCAGAACACCUUCGGCUUCGGCAUGAUGAUCCUCGGCACUUGGCUCGAUUACUCCAAGACCGCAGCCGCGUACGAGGAGCGUUUCGCCCCCCUAGCCGCCGCGAGGGGCGUCACUUUGCCCCCCUUCCCGGACGCCCUCCACAACAUCUCCAUUAUGUUCGUCAACUCGCACCCCUCCUUCGCCCCCGCGUUCAGCCUGCCCCCCAACGUGGUCGAGAUAGCGGGCUACCACAUCGCAGAGGACACGCCGCCACUGCCGAAGGAUCUCCAGGAGAUCCUGGACUCUUCUCCGAGGGGCGUGGUCUACUUCAGUCUCGGCUCCGUCCUCAAGUCCGCCGCCCUCCCUGAGCAGACCAAGAAGGAUCUGAUCAAGGUGUUGGGCGAGCUGCCGUGCACCGUCCUCUGGAAGUUCGAGGAGAAGAUGGACGGCCUCCCGAAGAACGUCCACAUCAGGCCUUGGAUGCCGCAGACCAGCAUUCUGGCGCACCCCAACGUGAGGGUGUUCAUAACGCACGGGGGCCUGCUGAGUACCUUAGAGUCGCUCCGCUACGGGGUGCCGAUAGUGGCGGUGCCCGUGUUCGGCGACCAGCCGGGGAACGCGGACCGCUCCGUGCGGGCGGGCCACGCGCUCAAGGUCAAGUUCUCGCCCAACAUGGCGCCGGAGCUGAAGGCCGCCGCGGCGCAAAUGCUGGACGACGACAGAUAUUACAAGAAAGCCAAGGAGAUAUCGAAGUUAUUCAACAACCGACCGGUAAAACAGAGCAAGCUCAUCUCUUACUACGUGGAGUUGGCCAUUGAGAGCAAAGGAGCGUACCACUUGCGUUCCAAGUCCCAGCUGUACAAAUGGUACCAACUCUGGAUGCUGGACCAGUUGUUCGUCGUUUUCGGCGUUUUACUAAUUUUUUACGCGAUCCUGAAGAAAAUUGUGGGAAUUUUCACGAAGAAGACCACUAAAGACAGCAAAGCGAGGAAAGAGAAGAAGAUGAAA